AUGGUUAAUGGCAAACAAUUGACAAUCAGGUUCCAUGUUGAUGACGUUUUGGCGAGUCACAUGGAACAACAAGUACUUGAAGAUUUUUUCACAUGGGUGAAUGAGAAAUAUGGUGGCUUAAAAGAGGUCACAUGCACUAGAGGUAAAGUUCAUACUUAUUUGGGUAUGACAUUGGAUUUUUCGAAGAAAGGAAAAAUGAAAAUUCGCAUGGAUGAUUAUGUGGAUCGCAUGCUGAGUGAGUUUCCAGUCAAGUUUAAGGACAAUGAGAUCCAGGAGACACCAGCUGGAAAUAAUCUACUGGAGAAAGGUAAAGGAGCACCGCUUGAGAAGGAGCGACAUGAAGUGUUCCAUUUGUUUGUUGCCAAAUCGUUAUUUUUGUCGAAACGUGCUCGUCUGGACAUCAGUCCGACAGUAUCGAUUUUAGCAUCAAGGGUGCAAUCUCCGAAUCUGAGUGAUUGGCACAAACUAGAUCGAUUGAUGAGAUACAUUCAUUCUACAAAAGGAUGGCAUCUGACAUUAAGCGCUGAUGAUUUGCGCGUGAUUAAAUGGUAUGUCGAUGCAUCAUUUGCUGUUCAUCCAGACUUCAAGAGUCAUACUGGAGCUGUGAUGACAAUGGGCACUGGAGCAGUGCAAGCAAUUACACAAAAGCAGAAAUUGAAUUGUGACAGCAGUACACAUACUGAACUAAUUGGAGUUCAUGAUGAGACGUCCAAUAUUUUGUGGACACGCUUAUUUAUGGAAGAACAAGGUUACCCAAUCCAUAAGAAUAUACUAUAUCAAGAUAACAAGAGUUCGAUCCUACUUGAAACAAAUGGAAGAUCAAGCGCAGGCAAAAGGAGCCGUGCGCUAAAUACUCGAUAUUUCUUUGUGACAGAUCAAGUCGAGUUGGGCAACAUUACUAUUGAACACAUGCCAACUGAUGAAAUGUGGGCAGAUUACAUGAAAAAGCCGUUACAGGGCGAAAAGUUUUGCAAGUUCCAGGCUGUAAUUCAAGGUGACCAGGAUUAG